AUGGGGGAUUACAAAUCAUCUUCCACCCCAACCCAUGAAGGAGAACAACAUCUGAUUGCAGCAGCUCGGCACAUAAUGCAGGCACUUAGGUCAAGUAGUUUCCUAACUGAUGACUUGAGAAAAACCCUCUCAGACCUUGAAUCUCACUUGUCUGCCAUUGCUGCAAUCACUGAAAGCAAGACAGAAGAGUUUUCUGAGUUUGAGAAGCGGCUCAAAAGUGCCGAGGAAAAGGUUUUCAGUUGGGAGUCAAAUGAUCAAAUAAUGAUAUGGGACUCUGGCCCUGUGGAAGCUUCCAAUUAUCUAAAAUCCAUUGACGAAAUCCAAACACUGAUACAAAACUUUACAAGCUUGUCUGUGGAUGAAUAUGGGAAGCACAAGGAACUUUUCUACCGAGCGGAUAGUGUUCUGCAGCUGGCAAUGUCAAGGCUAGAGGAAGAGCUCAUCCAUAUUCUUGUUCGUUACGAGCAAUACCUUGAGCCUGAAUACAUGUCUUUUCGUUUGUCUGGAGCAGAUAUUGUGUACGACGAGUCCUUUGAUUCAGUUGAGGAAGAAUCUAUUGAGGAGGCAUCCCAGAGAAACAGGUAUAGCAAUGAAUCAGAUGACUAUUAUGUUGUAGAUUUGGUGCAGCCUUUGGCAAUUCCCCAUCUCAAGUCCAUUGCAAAAGCUAUGUUUGCUUCAAAUUAUGGAUAUGAAUUUUGCCACUCUUUUAUCAACACAAGGAAAUAUGCCUUGGACGAGUACUUGGUUGUUCUUGGUGUGCAGAUAUUCAGCAUUGAAGACGUGCUGAAAAUGGAGUGGACAAGCUUGAACUUGGAGAUCAAGAAAUGGAGCUGGAUUAUGAAGAUCAUCAUUCGGGUCUAUCUUGCUAGUGAGAAACGGCUCUGUGAGCAGAUCUUGGCGGAAUUUGGAUCUGUCAGUUCAUUUUGCUUUCUUGACAUCUCAAAGGCCACAAUGGCAUGCCUCUUGAAUUUCGGUGAAGCCAUAGCCAUGGGAUCCCGUCGGCCAGAGAAGUUGUUUUCCUUGCUUGACAUGUACGAGGUUCUUGCUGAUCUUCUCCUGGAUAUAGAUGCUUUGUUCAUGGAAGAGACUGGUUCUUUCAUGAGGAUCGAAUUCCACGAGCUUAUGAAGAGCUUAGGCAAUUUAGCAAAGACAACAUUUUUGGAAUUUGGGAAUGCCAUUGCAACAUCUAACACAUCAUCAAAUCCAUUCUCCGGAGGUGGCAUUCAUCCUCUCACCAGAUAUGUCAUGAACUACAUCAAGACCCUAACUGAAUAUGGCAGAACACUUAAUUUUCUUAUCAAUGAUCAAUGCAUAGAAGAUUCAAAUCAAGCCCUUGAGCUGGAGGACAGGCAAGGCAUAGAAGAUUCAUUCUCUUCCGCUUUUUAUCCAACAGCUCACCACCUUCUGUCGAUCACAUCUACUCUAAAAUCCAGUCUUGAUAGCAGAUCCAAACUAUACAAGGAUGCCGCUUUACAACAUGUUUUCUUGAUGAACAACAUCCACUACAUGGUCCAAAAGGUAAAGAGCUCAAAGCUCAUGUUUUUCUUUGGAGAUGAGUGGAUAAGAGAGCAUAUUGCUAAAGUCCAGCAGCAUGCAACAAGUUAUGAGAGAGCUACUUGGAGUUCAGUCCUUUCUCUGCUAAGAGAUGAUAAUCAGUGGUCACAUUCUUUCUCAAAGGCGAGUUUUAGAGAAAGAUGCAGGGCUUUCAGCAUUGCAUUUGAGGAGGUGUACAAGAGCCAGACAGGGUGGUCUAUCCCGGAUCUUGAGCUUCGGGAAGGUCUUCAAAUUUCAACUGCACAGAAUGUAAUCCAAGCAUAUCGGACUUUUGUUGGGAGAAUCUCUGGCAAUAUCAGUGAUAAAGACGUUAAGUACACUGUGGAUGAUCUGGAGAAAUAUCUUUUCCAUCUCUUUGAAGGGUCACCAAGAUCGUUGCACCAUGCGUUUAUACGCAGAAGGUGA